CAAUGAAAGAAGAAUUAGAAACUUAUAAGAAUCCCGGCACAUGCUCUCUUCGUUCUGCUCUGAAGUACCCGGUUCCUCGAAUUUUGAAUGCUGAAACUCCUAAAGCUUCUUUAGAUCCACAUGAAUCUGAGUCACCUUCUCCUAAAAAAAGAAAAACUCUUCCGUUUGCACAACUUCUUACUUCCGAAGACAGUUGGCAACAACUAAAAAUGGCAAACGAAGUAGUGAACAAAAAAGUCGCCGAAGCUAAUCGAAAAAAGGAAGAGUGA